AGGGACGAUAUGCUACCGAAGUACAAGUUAUAUUGAGCCACAGAGACGCUAUGCUACCGAAGUACAAGUUAUAUUGAGCCAUACAAAAUCCCUUCUAAAGCUAUUCACCAAGACCAGCAGUGAAAUAUACAUCUCUGAAACAUUCUGUCAAGAUGAGGACUUUAGGGUUAUGGAAAAAAAUUAUGCUGGAUAAGUGUUUUCUAUGGAUAACAAUGAUCUUGUUGAUGGCUUUUCCACAGCAACAAGUUUCCGGCAACUGGAUGUACCUAGCUAUUCUUGGAGUAUCCAACCCUGAACUUGAGUCAACAAUUCAUGAUGUUCCAAAAUCUGACCAACCUAUUAGUCCAGAAACAUCUAUAUGUGCUUUUGUUCCUGACUUGGUUCCCAAACAAAUUCAAAUUUGUAAGGAAUACCCUGAUGCUAUCCAAGCAGUAAGUGCCGGAGCUAAGUUGGGUAUCCUCGAAUGUCAGCGUCAGUUCAGACACGAACGUUGGAAUUGUACACCAGAGGGCGGUAACAACGUAUUCGAGCAAACUCUAGAAAGAGGAAGCAGAGAAGCCGCUUUCAUUCACGCUAUCUUCAGCGCCGGUGUCGUUCAAGCUCUCACCGAGGCGUGCAGCUCGGGAAACCUCACCGUCUGCGCUUGUGACCGCUCCCGACAGGGCCACGUUACCACCGCGGAGGGUUGGAAAUGGGGCGGCUGCUCGGACAACGUGCGUUACGGCAUCUCUUUUGCUCGGCUCUUCGUCGAUUCAGGCGAAAAAGAUUUCCGAAAGUCGGCGUCAGGAGACAAAUCGGAUUCGGAAAGUAAGAAAGAAGCCCGAAGAAAGCGAAGGCAGCGAGUUCAAUCAAUGAUGAACUUGCAUAAUAACAAUGUCGGAGAUAGACCACCAAAACCAGACAGAACAAUUGAACUUGACUUCUUAUUAACAGGAUAUAGACCACUAAAACCAGACAGAACAACUGAACUUGGCUUCUUAUUAACAGGAGAUAGACCAUUAAAACCAGACAGAACAACUGAAUCUAGGUUUUUAUUAACAGGAGAUAGACCACUAAAACCAGACAGAACAAUUGAACAUGACUUCUUAUUAACGGGAGAUAGACCAUCAAAACCAGAGAGAAGAAGAGAACUUGGCUUCUUACUAACAGAAGAUAGACAACCAAAACAAGAAAGAACAAGUGAAGCUGACUUGUUAACAAUAUGUCCAAGGAUACAAUAG